AUGAGCGACUACAAUCUGUCCUCCCGGACACAGGUGCCUAUCAUCAAGGUGACGGAUACUGAUGGUAUCUCAUCGAAUCAGUCCGCAAGUCUACAGCAACAUCCAGUAUUCACGAAGCAAAGCCCGCGGCCUGGCUACGACGCUAUUCAGCACCAGGAUUUGAGCAACCCCGAUCACAGUCCCGAAACAUCUGCAAGCAGCAAAGGACUAGGACCAAGAAGACAUCCCCUGCCAGCAUUUUGCCGCCUCCCGCGUGAGCUUCGCGAUAUGGUCUACAAGUUUUACAUACCAGAGACGGAUGGACUAGUAUAUGACCCUGAAACGCGCAACUUCAUGACCACGAGCGGCGAAUCUAUCAACUUGUCAUUUGCGUAUACAUGCCGCGCUAUCUACGAUGAGUUAUGGGAACGCGCCUUUAAGCUCAACAGCAUCAUCUUCCACACCGCCUUCUGCGAGACGAACCGCCAAGAUGCUGGUCUAUGGCAUGGUGGCAUCAGCAAGCUAGACCUGUACAAAGAGAAUCUAGUCGACCUGAUGGCCCGUCGAUACAUGACAACAGCGAUCGAAGAUGAGAUCGCCACUUCGUAUCCCCAAUUCAAGCCGAUACUAUCAAAAUGGCGAGCAGGAGGCGAAGUGACUUGGUUCUCCAACGGCCAUGAUUGGGGUGAGACGCCGUCAAUCUACCGCGACUUCAUCAGUCAUGUCCUGAAGGUCUUGGCGAAGCACCCCAAGUUCCCUAGGAAGAAUACGGACUGGACGCGUAACUUAGGGAUGCCUCAGGAUAGACGAGAUACAUACUGCAACGUCCUUGAGCUUAUCAACUUUCAUCCUGACCCAUGGACCAUACCUAACGCCGAGGAUCUUCGACAUCUUCAGUACGUGUCCGGCGUGACCACAAGAUCUCCAAGGUUCUAUAACGACACGGUGAAGUACAGACUCUCCGCCGCCUCCACUGCGAUCAGAUUUCUGGAGAACCCUCCAAUGAUGGUGCGCAAGCACAUUCGAAACAUUCGAAACAUCAAACUGAUGGAAGAUCGAGAGUCGAUUGCGCACCCAGAGUGCCAUAUGAGAGGCCUCAUCCCCUUCUGCCGCGAGUUACCAGGGCUCCGUAUCGAGCGAAGUAUUAAUCUUUGGACGACGGCGUAUCCCUUCCAUGAGCCGCACCCGUGGCAAACUGUAAGAUGGGACAACGACACUUUUGCACGCGCACGAGUGAAUUGGUCGAUGCCGCCUCGUAUUGCAACCAAGUUCGGGGACGUCAAAUGUGUGAGCAGAGCGAUCGCGCGAUGGAUGACCGAAGCAAGCGCGUUGCAGUCCCUGGGGAUGCCACCUGGCGCCUUCACGUUACUUUUCGAUGGCAACCCUUGCCCCGAGCUGGCCCACCAUAUCUUCCGCACCGUCUUCCAACGCGACGCCGCUUGGCAAACCGCCUUAGACAUGAGCUACGGAUACAUGAGCUACGGAUACAUGAGCUACGGAUACGAAGCUUGGGGCGGGUUAUCGCAACCUUCGUGGUUCGAACGGCGACGUCGUCUUGGCUACAUGUACGAAGACAGCCCCCGACUGGUACGCGAUAUGAAUGUUGGAGGUGCGCUCAUACGCUGCAAUUUCGACAUUGGGCACGAACAUAGUGCUGAGAAAAUCGCAGCGGAACUUCAGUAUUCGGGUAUUGGGGGCUGGGAGAAGAGGUGGCAUGAACACCAGAUUUCUUGGGAUAAUGCCGAUCUGCAACCUUUUCAGCCUCUACCCGACUGGCGCGCCCUGAGAGGAAAACACUUGAUCCCGACAUGA